AUGACUUCCCCGUACCAAGGGGCAUUGACAUGUGUUACAUGUCAAAUCGUGUUUGAAAAUGGUGAUACACAUCGUGUACACUAUAAAACAGACUGGCAUCGUUAUAAUCUGAAAAGAAAAAUCAUUAAUCUUCUUCCUGUUGACCGGCCCACAUUUGAAUCCCGAAUACUGAGUCAACAGAUCAAGGAGAAUGAAGAAAAUGCUAAGAGUUCGAUUUAUUGCACCAUUUGUAGGAAAUCCUAUAAUUCACAAAAGUCGUUCGAUAGUCACUUAUCUUCUAAACAGCAUAAAACUUUAGCGUUGCAAUCAGACAAUGAACAUAAAGAUAUUGGUGUACCAGCUGCCAAGAAAAUAGUUAAACCAGCUGAGAAUAAACCUGUUGAAGAGAGUGAUGAUGAGUAUGAGGAUGUAGAUGACGAUGAAGAAUGGGGUGAAGUAGUCAGCGAUAACAAUCCCAUAGUCAACAAUAUAUGUUUAUUCUGCCCUCAGGGCAGUGAAAACUUAUUGCAAAAUAUUAAACACAUGUCUGACGUUCAUUCAUUUUUCAUACCUGAUGUUGAGUAUCUGGUCGAUAUGAAAGGAUUAUUGGUAUAUUUAGGCGAAAAGGUAUGUCAAGGAUAUAUGUGUUUAUGGUGUAAUGAUUCUGGAAAAAAUUUCCAUUCGAUGGAGUCUGCACAAGCACACAUGAUUGAUAAAGGUCAUACUAAAAUGAUUCAUGAAGGUGAAGCACUACUUGAAUACUCAGACUUUUAUGACUAUUCAGCUAGUUAUCCAGCAGACACACCUCUAGAUGAUUAUCGUAUUGUUGAAGAUGUUACCUCUCAAUUAGUUCUUCCUUCUGGAGCUAGAAUUGGAAAACGAUCAUUAAUGCGAUACUACAGGCAAAACUUGAAUCCAAAUCACGAUUGGGAAGCCAUGAAGGAAACAAAGCUGAACAAAGUAAUCAAUCAUUACAGACAUAUUGGAUGGACAGGAACUUUCGCUGCUGCUGCUGCUAGGAAAGCCAGAGAUUUGAAAGUUAUGAAGCACGUCCAAUCAAAAAUGUACAUGCAAUUAGGAGUGAAAGCCAACAAGUUCCAAAAGCAUUACCGCGAGCAAGUCAAUUUUUAG